CGUCGUUAGUACCACGCCCGGAGAAAGGAUCUACACUGGUAAAAGUAUGAGCUCCGUGUUUACGAAACCCAGACAGAAAUUGCCUCAAACUCCUCUCGACGUCUCUCUUCCUGACGUGCAACGUCUCCUGUGUGAGCUCCAAGGAAACAUCCUUCAAGACCACGACAGGAGCGACGCCCGACACUUGUUCAUCCAGUUCGGAAGCGACGCGGAGCGUUCACGCCAUCUCGUCAGAGUGUUGUCGGAGAACGUCACUUCUGCGCAUCAAGAGCUGAAUAAGAACGUUGAAACCUUGUUCACAAGCUUUCUUUUGUCUGCAUCCGGGUACAGGAAGUUGAGACUGGAAGACAAAAUGCCGUGUCAGGAAGCUUUUCGGGUUGGAAUGCAAGAUUUAACGACGCCUAUUGUUGUAAACCCUGACUUCGAUCCUGUUCCAAACCCAUGCGCCGACCCAGCUGUUGACACAUGGCACACUCCGUUUCCAACCGGAAUGCCGGACGCUCUCUUAAUUUUGGCCUUGAGCGGUGACGACGCCAACGAAAAACUGACCAAAGAGCAGAAGCACAAGCAACAGAUAAUUUCCAAACACGGAGGCACCGUGACUGGUAUACUCGUUUUAUUAGGAGUGUAUGAAGCGUACCGUGUGAAGAACGAAAACGGACAAGACACCGAGCAAUUCGGAUUUGCAGACGGUAUCAGCAACCUCAUUUUCCUGCAGAGUGAUUAUACCGAAGCCAAAGAUAAAACGACGACUGGAUCAUUCCUACCCGGAGCAGAUCCUUUGGCAAAACUUGAACUGAUUCUUGAAAAAGACAAGAUUGGAGGUCCCUGUUCUUAUGGAUCCUACUUGGUGUAUCGACGGCUGGAACAAAACGUUGACCUUUUCAAACAAUAUGGAAAAAUGAUUCAAGAAGAGCUGAAAAAGGCAGGACAAGAUAUCUCACAAGAUGAAGCGGAAGCAAGGAUGAUAGGACGUCAUAAGAGCGGCGUUCCUCUGAUAGAAAACCUUUCAGGUGUGAAACCAGAGUUCAGGAAGGCGGCAGUGAAUUUUAACUAUGCAGAUGACAAAGACGGCAAACAAUGUCCAUGGGCAGCCCACGUCAGAAAAGUAGACCCACGAGGGAGUUCGGUGACUGGUCCGAACGACUUCCGUUCGAAGAUUGUUCGUCGCGGCAUGCUGUACGGCAAAGACCCGCAAUCUAGAGGACUUCUCUUUCUGUGCUAUCAAUCGCAAAUCAACAUCGGCUUUCUAGUACAGCAGAAUCGUUGGGCAAACCGUGAAGUGUUUGGCGAAAAGCCACCCCCAAAAGUGGGUCUGGAUAUGGUUGUUGGACAGUAUCUGAAGGAGAGCCCGCCAACAGUGAAACAGAUAAUGUACGGUGAUAAGGAGAAACCUCCAGUCAGGCUGCUCAUCAAAAACUGCGUGACAAUGAGAGGAGGAGAGUACUUCUUUGCACCGGCAGUUUCAACGCUCCAAAAAAUGAAAUGACUGUGUGACAGAAACUGACUGACUGAAUGUUGGCGCCACGCGCACUUUUAGUAUGUAGAUUAGAGUCGCGCAUGCGUGGAAACAAGCCAUCAACUAAUAGAAAUUUACGCUGCCACCUACACUAAAAGUUACUCAUUUUACUGCGAAAACGAAAAGCCCAAAACUUGGAAAAGUAAAAGUCGG